GUGUGCUCAGCCUGGGGUGGAGUCCCGUCCGUUCAGGCUCGUCCCGGAGAUGAUCCGGCUCUGGUGCGGACGCUGUGAAGCCGGAGGAAGCCUCCUCCUCCCCGGCUGUAAAGAAGAAGAAGUGUUCCGCACGUGUUGGAGGUUCCGUCUGCAGCCAUGAAGCCCGUCGCGGUGCUGGUUCUGUGUGUCCUCAGCUGUCAGACUGACGGAGUCCACAUCACAGACCCGGACAGGAACUCCUCGGCUGUGAUCCGCCGGGUGGACCUGCGCUUUCUGUCCGUCACCAUCGACGCCAGCCUGGCGUCUGAGGAGAAGUUCAUGUACCUGUUGAGCUCUCCAAAGGUUCGGACGCUGGCUAAAGCAUUAAGUCCGGCAUUUUUGAGAUUUGGGGGGACCAGACAAGACUUCAUGGUGUUCACCCCACAGAGGCAUCAGCAGGAGUCUGGUUCCACUGCAGAUCAGUCCUGUGAUAAAGUGGAGUUGCCCUGGUGGCUGGAGGAGAGGCUGAAGAAGGAGUGGACUCAGCAGCAACUGAUCCUGGUGAGAGAAGAUCUGCAGAGGAAGUACAGCAGGGUGAAGUUCACAGAGUACACCGUCGACCUGCUGCACUCCUUCACCAACUGCUCGGGGAUGGAUCUGAUCUUCGGGCUGAACGCUCUGCUCAGAAUGGCUGACAACAGCUGGAACAGCAGCAACGCACGCUCGCUGCUGCAGUACUGCGAGUCCAGGCGGUACAGGAUGUCGUGGGAGCUGGGCAACGAACCAAACAGCUUUGAGAAGAAGGCAGGGAUCCGGGUGGACGGAUACCAGCUGGGACAGGAUUUCACCCGUCUCAGGGAGAUGAUGUCGGAAUCCAAAUUUUACCACGACGCCGGACUGUUCGGGCCGGACAUCGGUCAGCCGCGAGACCGCAGGACGGACAUACUGGAGGGGUUCCUGCGGAGUGGAGCUGAGGCGGUGGACGCCUGCACCUGGCACCAUUACUAUGUGAACGGGAGAAACGCGUCCUUGGAGGAUUUUCUGGACCCAGAGAUUCUGGACACUCUGGCCUCAAAGACCAAAGAAGUCCUGGAGAAAGUGAAGCUGGUGUCUCCGGGGAAGUCGGUGUGGCUGGGAGAGACGAGCUCGGCCUACGGAGGAGGAGCUGCGGGACUGUCGGACACGUUCGCCGCAGGAUUCAUGUGGUUGGAUAAACUCGGCCUGGCAGCUGUGCUCGGCCUGCGUGUUGUGAUGAGGCAGGUGUUCAUUGGUUCUGGGAGUUACCACCUGGUUGACGAGAACCUGGAUCCUCUUCCUGAUUAUUGGUUGUCUGUUCUCUACAAGAGACUCGUCGGACCGGAGGUUUUGAAAAUUGAAGGAUUUUCCAGCGUAGCUCGAAGUAAAAGAGUGAGGCUGUAUCUGCACUGCACCAACAGAAACAGCUACAGCGGUGGAGCGGUCACGUUGAUAUCCAUGAACCUGAGUAAGAAGCCGGCCAGGAUCUCCGUUCCUGCACCCGUCUCCUCGAGCACAGUGGAGGCUUUUGUUCUUCAGUCUGACCAGCCGGGGAAGGAGGGGCUCUACUCCAGGUCUGUGAAACUGAACGGGGAAGUGCUGAAGAUGGUGGAUGAUAAAACUCUUCCUGACUUUAAAGGAAGUCGUCUGCCUCCAGCUGAGCGGCUGCAGCUUCCUGCGUACUCGCUGGCCUUCUUCGUCCUCACAGAUGCUCGGGCUGCGGCCUGCAUCUGACCUCAACAUGGACUCCUCUGUAGAGACAGUCAUCACUACUGAGAAAACAGCUGCUCAUCACUGGACUCAAAUGACCUGAGGCAGUAAAUGGAUUUUUGUUUUGUUGAGUUUCUCUUAUUUAACGGAUGCUGCAGGGUCUUUAGUGUUAGAAAUUAUUACAUGCUGUGCUAAUAAAGAUUUUUUUAUAUGGUCUAA